CGUGGGCGGGGUGACAUAGAGUAUAUAUAAGUGGAGCGAAAGAAUUAUAUUAAGUACUGUGAUCUUGAUACUGAGGCGCCACCGUCAUGAAGGCGUUGGUGGUACUGAUGUUAUGCGCGGCAGCGGGGGGUGUUGCGGGAAGUGCGGUGGCAUGGCCGGGCGCGGCUGUGGCGCUGACCGCCCCGCUGCUCAACACCGUCGUGCAGCCACAGACUAAGGGCUUUGCUUACUCUACUACACAGUAUAUUAAUGCAUUGCCAGCAUCAUAUACGUACGGAGUACGACCACAAUUCCCGUAUCAUGUUCCGGUAACAGCUUACGCUCCUUUGCCGGGAUUUCCGGCAUACUAUCCGGUAGGGACUGCUUCGUACAUUCCACAGAGUAGCCUGAUUUAUCCCCAGAUUCCACCUAUCGCAACGGGGCAACCACAAAGACCAGUUUCCAGCGCCCCAACAGGUCCUAUAGCACCAAUUGCACCGGGUAUACCACAACAGCCAAGUGUACCACAACAGCCAAGUGUACCACAACAACCAAGUGUGCCACAACAGCCGAGCAAUCCGCCCCCAGAACAGACGGCAGGUGAUGCGGAUACGACAGUAGUCGAAUCAGCGGAAUUCAUCAAUCAGCAACAGGACCAACGAACAUCUAGCCCCGAUGGUCAACCACAGUCACCGACAGCAAACAAUAUUCCCGAUCAACAAUCCCAACCCCAAGUCCCGUCGUACUUGCAAAAUCCACAAAUUUCUCAGUUCGCAUCUUUCCCUCAGUUGCCCCAAGGUUUCCCACAAUUCCCGCAAUUACCGCAGUUCCCGCAACUCCCAUCAUUACCUCAAUUUCCAGGCGCGCAAGAGGGUGUAUCAAUCCCACCGUUUCAACAACAACCAGCUUCGACUCAAGACAACUUACCUUCACAAAAACCUCCACAGCAAUCUGCUCAACCGCAACCACCUUCCUCAUUAGGAGAUUCAUUAUCUCCACAGUUCCCACAGCUGCCUUCGUUUCCACAGUUCCCUCCCUCUCAGGGUGACUUGCCUCAAUUACCACAGCUACCGUCUCUACCCCAAUUUCCUCCUUCACAAGGAGGGACACCACAACUUCCACAAUUGCCAUCACUUCCACAGUUCCCUCCUUCACAAGGGGGCUCACCCCAAUUUCCGCAAUUACCAAAUCUCCCUCAAUUCCCCCCAAGCCAAGGCGGUUCAUUUCUUCCCGGUUUUCCCUCAGCUGAUAACUCCAACAAAGGUUUAAAUGACGAAGACACUAUAUCAGUUGAAUCCGCCAAGUAAAUUCUUAUACACAAUAUUAGACAUAUAUGGUAGAUAGUGUUCAUGAGUGAAAAUAUUACUAAGGUUAUUUAAUAAUUUGAAAAAAAAAAAACGAUAGUUAUAAUUUUCCAUUUGCAAAAAGAUUCAGGGUUUUAUUGCCAAGCGGAACGAUGAAAAGACUGGAUUUAUCGUAAUAAAAAUAGAAACCACUAUUUAAACAUAAUUUGUAUUUGUAAUAGAAGUUACAAGUUAAUAUUGUACCAUUUCCCCAGAAAUAUUAAAU